AGAAAUUCAUAGAUUUAAUUAUUUGUAUAAAUAGAACUUUCAGAUUAAAUUUUAAUAAAAUUUUCUGAGGAUCUGUCAGCAUCACGAUUGACUUCCCGACUCCACAAUGGCAGUAUCACGCUCAUUCAUGAGAUUGUUAUUGGUGGCUUUUGUCAUCUGCAGCGUUAUUCUGUCUUGCAGUGCCUGCAAGUCGAAAUGCUGUUGCGGAAGUAGUCAUCACAGCAGCUGCGGUUGCGGAUGCGGUUGCGGCAGCGGAUGCGGAUGCGGCGGUGGAUGCUACGGUGGUGGCUGCUACGGCGGUUACGGCGGUUGCGGUGGUGGCUGCUACGGCGGUUACGGCGGUUGCGGUGGUGGCUGCUACGGCGGUUACGGAGGUGGAUACGGAUGCGGAAGUUACGGUCUUUACGGCAAAUACUGCUAGAAGUAAUAUUGCAGCUUGCCGAGUAUUAUAUUAGCAGUAGGCCUAUUUCAUCGUAUAUGAAAUUUCCACCACGAAAAUUCUUGUAAAUUUCUAAUUUAGGAGAGUACUGAAAGUUCAUUGGGUAGUCCGAAAGAGAAUCUAGUCUUCAAUUAGUGUUUAAGAGAGUUGUGAAACUUAACUCGAUAGAGCAAUCACCCCAAACUAUAUUGUAUUCCACCUUUUACUAUGUAGAAGAUGGUCAAUAUUAAAAUUUAGUUGUAGUGAA